GCAAGUUCCUUCGUAACCUCUAAAGUAUACGCGACAGCGUUUUACGUCGGGGAAAAUUACGCGUAUUUUAAAAACGUAGUUUAGUCUGAAUACCGUCGCUGUCACGUUCACGCGUUUUGGUUACAGUUAUCGUGCGUGAAUAACAAACAUUAGACAUUACGAUUCGAUUUCCAGCGAAUAGAAGAAAACACAACUGACAGAAGUUCGAAGACUGAAAAUUUUGCGAGUCCUACCUGUUGUCUCAAUAUUCUCGCACGAUGGUAAAAUCUUUUCCAUAAUUAUUUCGAACAGUUCAGUUGAUUUUACUGGCCAUCAAUUAGGAGAAGAAUAAUUGACGAGAUUUCACCAAUGAACCUUCGUCUUACGAUACCCUAACUGGAUCAAGUUCGAUAACGUUGUUCGUCUAAAAUUUUGAAUUUCUGCUGCAUCCUUGUUACCUAGAUCAUUCCUUAGUGACUUUCCUUCGUCGAUUAUGGCCAGAGCGUGAUUCACAAUUUUCGGGACAUUUCGAUUUAGUCGAUUUCCACCGACAACAGUUAUCCCUCUUAUUCGCCUAAGAUAAGAGUGAUUCGAGAAUAUGAUAACCAAACUACUUUUUAAUUCCGAAGGUAGUAAAUAAAUUAAAUUGAAUUACAAAUAUUACACUGGGAAGACUGUUCUUGCUCUCCAUAAGAACAACGUAUCAUUUUUGAUAUCUAUAUUAAAAAGGAAGAAAACAAAAUAACAAUGGACACAUCAAUGCGUGAGAGGUUUCUCACGUUUGCUGAUAUCAUAAUUAGAGUUCCACCUUUAUUCAUCAUAGAUGAAUUACUUAGAAUUGGUCUUGGAUUAUCCAGCGAAAUUGUAGUAUUAGACAGCACUGAACGUGACUCUAAAAUAUCAAAACUUUCGGACAACAUAGUGAAAUCAAUGGCAGCUACUUCGUUGCUAAAUCCAUUUGACUAUGAAUACAAUGUAUUUAAGAUGCAUUUGAUAAUUGCACUGAAAUUUAUAUGCUGCUGUUUAGGAUGUAUUGCUGCAAUAUUUACAUUCAUGCUAUGGACAAAGCAUCUAAUAAUCGUGUACCUAUAUUUAAUGUCAGUAGGGGCAAUAUUCAUAUCUUAUUGGUCAAAUGUUAGUACAAUGAAAGCUAUUAUAGCAUAUCUGGGUACACACGAAUCCUCAACUAGCAUUCUCGACGAUAUUUUAUGGCUUAAUUUUAAAUCUAUUCCGAACGGAGGACCUGGGUUCCUUCUAAUUCAGAAUUACAUCUUACAAUGUUUACUAGCUAGUAUUUUUUGUUACAUUCAUCUUGCACCAAGAAACCCAAUAUUGCAAAAACUUCUUGUACUGAGUUUCAUGGCACCGUCUAUCCUCGGUAUUUGUCCGCUUCCGACGCAAGUUCUCUACCACGCACCGGUGUUCGCGGCUCUUCUUCCACUAGCCGUAUGCAAGUUCGUAAUUUGGUACAACUGUGUGAAAAUUGUGAUCACACUUUUCAUGGGUUAUCUACACGCGCGUAACUUUAUCAGCAAUUUCGGUUUAUCUGCGCUUGCCGAGACCGAGUGGAUUCGAUUGCACGUUCCGUGCGUGUUGCGCAUGUUUUGGAUGCUACGCGUGGGAGGACAAGUAAUUCAAAUUCUUGGAAAUCAGUACGGCGACGAGACGUUCACCUACUACGUAAUGAUUAGAACUUUACUGGUGAACGGCUGCGAGACCUUGACAGCGGUCUUGGGAAUGACCAGCAUUAUUUCAUUUAUUUGCCACUACAUCGGCUGUUUCUUCCAAUGGGUGUUGCUCACCGAAGAGGACGAAGAGAAAAGUAUCGGUACCGUGUCCGCGGUUCUUUUUUACAUUCUGGCUUUGCAAACUGGACUGACAAGUUUGGACACGGAGAAACGUAUGGUCAGGCUGUGCCGCAACUUUUGUCUACUGUUCACCGCCGUUUUACACUUUGUGCACAACGUCGUGAAUCCUCUAUUGAUGUCACUGAGCGCCUCCCAUAAUCCAGCCCUUCAUCGACAUAUUCGCGCUCUAGCUGUUUGCGUAUUUUUAAUACUUUUCCCCGUGUCUUUGCUGAUAUUCCUCUGGUCACAUUACACCGCCAGUACGUGGUUACUGGCGGUGUCGGUGUUCAGUAUCGAGGUGAUAGUAAAAGUGUUGGUCUCGCUCGCCAUCUACUUCCUGUUUCUCAUCGACGCUCACCGUAGCGUGUUCUGGGAACAGUUGGACGACUGCGUCUACGUGAUACGAUCAUUUGGCAACACCAUUGAAUUCGCAUUCGGCAUUAUUCUAUUCUUCAACGGCUUCUGGAUAUUGGUGUUCGAAUCAGGCGGAGCGAUUCGCGCAAUCAUGAUGUGCAUCCACGCCUAUUUCAACAUAUGGUGCGAGGCGAAAUCCGGAUGGACCGUGUUCAUGAAGCGUCGAUCAGCCGUAGAUAAGAUCAAUUCACUUCCCGAAGCGGAGGUGGAGCAACUUCGGAUGCUCGACGACGUGUGCGCUAUCUGCUACCAGGAGAUGCAGAGUGCCAAGAUAACGCGUUGCAAUCAUUACUUCCAUAGCGUCUGCCUGAGAAAGUGGCUGUACGUGCAAGACCGUUGCCCGCUUUGCCACGACGUGUUGUACAAAGUGGAUACCUCGCAGAAUAAUAAAGGAAACGAAGCUAUUGCUGGCGAGCAAGAGGCUCAACCGAACGGUGAAGGCAACGCCUUCCAACGAGUGAACGAAGAUAGGUGAAAAGACGCAUAGUUUCAUUGUGAUAUGCAUAUGUUUAUACAUGUGUACCGAAUCUAAAAUGUUAAAAUCGUAAGGCAUCGAUCUCCGAGAAUAUGUUGCCUGGGAAAAAGGUUUCGUUUCUUGUAAGUCGCUAAAAUUUCAGUACUCUGGAUAACGACGUACUUUAAGCGCAACCCGAGUCAACGUUCCCUCAUAACGUCGGUCCGUUGAAAGAACAAUAAAUAAAAACAAAAAUAAAAAAACUAAUUUCUUCGCGUAAUUGGUUUCCACGAGCAUAAUCGAUUCAUUUCCACUUAUGCAUACAUAUAUACGUAGCUUGAAAAAGAAGAGAAAACAAUUUUCUUACGAUACCAACAGCUCUCUUUGAUUUAGAAUCACGAAUACGUUCUCACGUGUAUGCGACUUACCGUUGUAUUUUCCAAGUGUAUAAAAACAGACACACCUAAAGCUUCCGUGCACGCAUCGUGCUUUACACUCUUCCAUUUUUCUAAAUGUACUCUUCUCCGUUGAUUGAAAUUAAAAAGAAAAAAGGAAAAGCUCGUAUAUUACUUGUCCAUUAGAGGAAACGUCCCUAAAAUGCCAACAGCCGAAUUAUCGUGUAUUUUUCUCUC